CUGGCGCCUUUUCCCCGCUGCACGGUUCGGGCGCGCCAUGUUCCCGGGCCCGCGGACGGCGGGCAAGUCGAAGCACCCAGCGAUCUUCGCGACCCCCAGCAAGGAGGACCUCCUCUCCCCGUCAGAGACGCCGGAGAGGCCAGCGUCUACCUCGGGCCUUCGACGUCAGGUGUCUAACAGCAGGGACGCUCCCCGGGAGCUGCGGGAAUUCGAGGAGCGGCCCCGGAGCGCGCCGGGGCGGCGCAAGGCCCACCGUGCCAAGAACCCCUUCAUCGAGUACGAUGCACGCGAGAAGCGGCUCAACCAGGAGCGGAAGUGGCUGCAGGAGGCCCCUGACCACAUGGAGCAGCGGCGCACCGACCUGCGGUUAGGCGCCCUGCUGCGGCACCUGGACGUGCGGGAUGACUCGGAUGAGCGCCUCUACGAGAAUCGGACCUUCUACGGGCCCCACUCUAUGGCCAUGAAGGCCCGGCAGAGGCCACGGAAGGAGCCGAAGGAGCCGAAGGAGAAGAAGGAGAAGAAGGAGGCGGGUCGCAAAGCGCAGGAGGCCAGGCCGGCGCUGGCGCUGAAGCGUCUCGGUCAGGAGAGCUGAAGAGCUCUCUCAGUGAAGAGGCACAGAGGAGCUUCAGAGAUGCAUCCAGGAUCGAGCGCAGCGAGGCAUCCAAAGAGAAGGAGUCUCGCUGCAGGCUGCUCGCCAACUUUGCACGUGGAGUUGAGGCCUGAGAGUGUCAUCUGACGGGCCGAUGAGCUUCCCAAAACGUCGCGGACGCUUGGCACCAGUGGUUGUUGUU